AUGAGUGGCGAUAACGCAGAAGUUUCUUCAGCCGUUUUGGUCAUUUUUCAAUUCAGCAGGGAUUUAUGCAAAACGUUUAACAACAGCGUUAUUCGUCAGAAAAAUGUGAUGAGAAGUUAUGGAAACGGUCGAUCAGUUGGUUUCGCUGAUGAGCUUGUUUGUUUAGAAGGUGACUGGAAACGCAAUAUAACAUUUGGCUUCCUACAUUUCGAUUCCGCUGUGGCGGCUCAUAGGUGGCUUAUCAGCGAUCCAACAUUUCGUCAGCAUGAUUGGUUAGAUGAUGCAGAAUUAUGGAUCGUACCUCUAUGCACAGAAAUUAAUGAAUGGAAGUACUUUCAGUUGAGUUUAUUUAACUUAAUUAAUCAAGACAAGUUCAAGAAACAAUAUCUACCUAAAUUUGAAGAAUCAGUUACGAAAUCUGGAGGUGUACCAUUUGUCAGCUCAACUCCGUAUAUUGAAGUACUACGAGGACUAAAAGACAUCGACUACCUAAUUAUUACUGAAUGGCCUGAUGAGGAUAGCGCAUUAACGUGGAACAAAAGUCGCGAAGCAGAAGAAUUAAGAAAUAUGAAGAAUACAUUUUCCAAGUCUUCAACAAUACUGACGACGAUAAGACAUAAUUACUAG